CAGGGACAUCUCAUAAAAUAUUACUGUAAUAGGUUAAACAUGAUACGUAUUAGACCCGAUUCUCCAUUCUCAAGUGAACAAGAAAAAUGUGCAUAACAUGCUCCAAGCUUAUCACAAUGGUGAAAAAAGUUAGAAAUACAAACAACAGAACAAGGAGGUCAAACAUAAUUGCCCAUCAUGAAGUUCUUAAUCUGCAUCGUUUUCCUGCUCUUCAAAUCAUCAGCAAUCGUUUACGCUUCGAGGAACGAUUUAUUUUCAUGUCUAAGUUCGAGUGGAAUAGCGAACGUCACCACUCAAUCCAAUGCCCUACAAUUUGAUUCCCUUUUCCGAUAUUCACUCCUGAACCUGAGAUUCACAGAGCCUUCUGUUCGCAGGCCGCAGUUGAUAAUAAUCCCGCAAAGCAGAAAUCAAGUGCAGAAGGCGGUGGGCUGCUCCAUUCAAUACGGUUGGGAGAUUCGGGUGCGCAGCGGAGGGCACAGCUACGAGGGCCUCUCCUCCACCGCUGAUGCUCCCAAUUUUCUCAUCGUUGAUCUCAUGGCCGUCGACAACGUACACGUGGACGUGACUUCCUCAACAGCUUGGGUAGAAGCAGGAGCCACGCUGGGUCAAGUGUACGCUGCCAUUGCCGAAAAGACCGAAAGGCUCGGUUUCCCGGCCGGUACUUGUCCCACGGUUGGCUCCUCCGGCCAUUUUGCCGGAGGUGGACUCGGCAUUCUAACCAGAAAGUAUGGCAUGGCCGCCGACAACGUGAUCGAUGUAUUCCUUCUCACGGCCGCCGGCAAGGUUUUGAACCGGAAAAGCAUGGGGGAAGAUCUGUUUUGGGCUGUACGAGGCGGCGGCGGAGGUAGCUGGGGUGUCGUCCUUGCCUGGAAAAUCAGGCUUGUGAGCGUUCCUUCGACUGUCACGGUUUUUACAGUUUUAAAGACGGGACGAGAUUCCGUAACAGAAACUGUGCAUCGAUGGCAAUACGUGGCACCCAAUAUGGAAAAAGACCUGUUUAUGCGUGUACGAGUUUUCGGAGUCGAACAAGGGGGGAACAAGACGAUUCAGGCUUCUUUCCAUGGUAUGUACCUUGGCCCACAAGACGAACUGCUUAGUAAAGUCAAGGAAAGCUUUCCUGAGCUGGGUAUAGCUGCUGCGGACUGCCAGGAGAUGAGCUGGAUUGAGUCGGUAGCCUAUUUUGCUGGAACGAAUCUGAGCGAUUUGAGCACCAGAUACUAUUCAGGCAAAUUAUUCUUCAAAAAUAAAUCUGAUUUUGCCAGGAAGCCUUUGCCCAAGUCAGCCCUGCGUGGUCUGUGGCCUAUGCUGGAGAAUGAGGUGGGUGGUAACAUCAUAAUGUCCCCGCUGGGUGGAUUUAUGAAUGAAACCCCGUCCACUGCCCUGCCCUUUCCUCAUCGGGCAGGGAAUUUAUUCGACAUUCAAUAUGUGUUGACAUGGUAUGAGGAAGGAAACGAUGCCCGCCAUGUUGAGUGGAUGAGAAAUCUUUACAAAUAUAUGAGUCCAUAUGUUUCCCACUCACCGCGGGCUGCAUAUGUAAAUUAUCUGGAUCUGGAUUUGGGGUUUUCGUCGAGUGGGUCAUCCUCCGUUGAAGAAGCGAGAAGUUGGGGAGAGAAGUAUUUUCUGGGGAACUUUGAUAGGCUUGUUAAGGUGAAGAGCCAGGUUGAUCCUCACAACGUUUUCAGGAACGCUCAGAGCAUUCCUGUAAUGAAGUAAAUGUCCGUGAAUUGGAGAUGACGACGUGGUCAUUAAUAAUUGGUCAGCGUAUAGAAGAAUAUCGACCAAGCUAUCUUUUAUUAUAUUUAUCCAAAUAAAUCUUUAAUAUUAACUAUAGCUAUCUCAAUCAACCAUUCCACGGUUAUAUUUAUUGAAAUUCAUUGUAUUUUUAAACUUUGAAUAAUUCUAAUAAGGUGAUAAAUAUU